AUGUUGUCAUAUGUUUAUACACCAUUUAAAAUCGUUAAAACAUAGUUUAUGUGUCCAUUUCUUACAGGUUGCAGAUAUUUUAUUCCAAACGGCCCAAAAUGCAGGGAUCAGUUUUGACACAGUGUGUGGAGUACCUUAUACAGCGUUACCAUUGGCUACAGUUAUCUGUUCAACCAAUCAAAUUCCAAUGCUUAUUAGAAGGAAAGAAACAAAGGAUUAUGGAACUAAGCGUCUUGUAGAAGGAGCUGUUACUCCAGGAGAAACCUGUUUAAUAAUUGAAGAUGUUGUCACCAGUGGAUCUAGUGUUUUGGAAACUGUUGAGGUUCUUCAGAAGGAGGGCUUGAAGGUCACUGAUGCCAUAGUGCUGUUGGACAGAGAGCAGGGAGGCAAGGACAAGUUGCAGGCACAUGGGAUUCGCCUCCACUCAGUGUGUACAUUGUCCAAAAUGCUGGAGAUUCUCGAGCAGCAGAAAAAAAUUGAUGCUGAGAUGGCUGGGAGAGUGAAGAGGUUUAUUAAGGAGAAUGUCUUUGUGGCAGCGAAUCAAAAUGGUUCUCCCUUUUCUGUAAGGGAAGCACCCAAAGAACUCAGCUUCGGUGCACGUGCAGAGCUGCCCAGGAUCCACCCAGUUGCAUCGAAGCUUCUCAGGCUCAUGCAAAAGAAGGAGACCAAUCUGUGUCUGUCUGCUGAUGUUUCAGAGGCCAGAGAGCUGUUGCAGCUAGCAGAUGCUUUAGGACCCAAUAUCUGCAUGCUCAAGACUCAUGUAGAUAUUUUAAAUGAUUUUACUCUAGAUGUGAUGAAGGAAUUGAUAACUCUGGCAAAACGCUAUGAGUUCUUGAUAUUUGAAGACCGAAAAUUUGCAGAUAUAGGAAACACGGUGAAAAAGCAGUAUGAAGGAGGUAUCUUUAAAAUAGCUUCCUGGGCAGAUCUAGUAAAUGCUCACGUGGUGCCAGGCUCAGGAGUUGUGAAAGGCCUCCAGGAAGUGGGCCUGCCUUUGCAUCGGGGGUGCCUGCUCAUUGCGGAAAUGAGCUCCACCGGCUCCCUGGCCACUGGGGACUACACUAGAGCAGCGGUUAGAAUGGCUGAGGAACACUCUGAAUUUGUUGUUGGUUUUAUUUCUGGUUCCCGAGUAAGCAUGAAACCAGAAUUUCUUCACUUGACUCCAGGAGUUCAGUUGGAAGCAAGAGGAGAUAACCUUGGCCAACAGUACAAUAACCCACAAGAAGUUAUUGGCAAACGAGGUUCUGAUAUCAUCAUCGUAGGCCGUGGCAUAAUCUCAGCAGCUAAUCGUCUGGAAGCAGCGGAGAUGUACAGAAAAGCUGCUUGGGAAGCGUAUUUGAGUAGACUUGGUGUUUAAGUGCUUCAGAUACAUUUUUGUGAAGACAUUGAAGAUACGUGGUCCCCCUGAAAGUCACUGGCUGGAAAUCAUCUGCUGCCUUUACUACUGCUUGGAUUCUUCCACAAGGCCUGUGUAAGAAUGGCUUCUGGAGUUACUAUGGUCUUUAGGAAAUACUGAGUAAUUUGUAAUCACUGCAUUGUUACUAUAUUAAGUUCAUUCUCAAGCUUG